AUGACCAGAGACACAGCGACUAUCCAAUGGAAACCACCGACUGACGAUGGCGGUUCACCUAUCACAGGCUACGUUCUUGAGAAGCGCGAAGCGUCCAAGCGUGCCUGGGUGUACUUCGGGCGCACUGACCCAGAAGUCACUACGCACUGCGUCCUGUCACUCAUGGAGGGACACAACUACCACUUCCGGGUGUACGCAGAAAACAAAUAUGGCCGAAGUGAGCCACUGGACACGGAGACAGCGAUCACACCAAAGAAGAUAUUCGAAUUUGCAGCUGCUGAAAGCUCCUGGAUCAAAGAGACUAACAUAGUGCCGACAAUUAACGUGUACACUGUACAGAACAUUGCUUGGUUUGAGUACAUCUACCGACGCUCUCUUGGGACGAACGGUGGCCUUGACGUCACUGGCUACGUCAUCGAGAAACGUCACCCGAAGAGCGACGACUGGGACGAAGUGGCGAGGCUACCGGCGAAAUCCCGAAGCCAUCACAUCUCGGCUCUGCCGGAAGAUUCCACGUACUACUUCAGAGUGUCCGCACAGAACAAGGCUGGCAUUGGCCGACCAUUUACCAUCAGAGAACCAAUCACACUGAGCGGGAAACUCAAAGUGCCUUCUGCUCCGGAACCACCAAUCAUCAAGGAGGUUAGAGAAAACUCGGUCAAGUUGUCUUGGCAACCACCGCCAUACGACGGUGAUUCGCCAAUUACUGGCUACAUUAUUGAAAGAGCAGACUUAAGUGGAGAAAACUGGUACCCUGUCAACAAGGAACCAAUCACUGGCAAUGAAUUUACAAUUGAGAAUCUCCAUGACGACCGUCAGUACCAGUUCCGUGUGCGCGCGCAGAACGAUCUGGGCGUCGGGGAGGCGUCGUUGGCAUCAGAUAUUGUUCGAUGUCGGGACAUGAAAGUGUUCGGACCUCCAAAGUUCGUGCGUCAUCUAGAAGAUGUCGCCGCUGCUGUUGGUACGGAUGCAGUCUUCGCCUGUGAGAUUGUCGGAUGUCCAUUGCCACAGAUCACGUGGUACAAGAAUUACCGUGAAAUUUACGAUGGUCGUAAGUACACGAUCAAGGAACAAGGUGACGUUCACACUCUAAUCGUUCGGGACGUCAGCAUGGAUGAUCUGGCUGACGUGGAAUGUCAGGCUAAGAACAGAGAGGGCGUGGUCACGGAGAGGGUCGGCCUUGAUGUGCUGUCACCGGCCAAAAUCCACUUGCCGCCAAAAUGUCGCGAAGGAAUCGUCUUCUCCAGAGGAGACACCGUAAAAGUUCGCGUCCCUAUCUCCGGUCGCCCAACUCCCAAGGUCAUUUGGGAACUGGAUGGCCAAGUCAUGGACCGGAAGGAGCGCGUGGACAUCAAGAACACUCAGACGUGCACGACAUUGAUCACAUACACCAGUGAGCAAACUGAUGGUGGCGACUAUCUGCUCACGGUCGAGAAUGACCUUGGUUCCGACUCCGCCUUUGUCAAGGUCAAAGUCGUUGAUCGCCCUGGUCCCCCUGAUGGUAUUCCUGUCAUUGAAGAAGUACACCAAAACAACAUCAAGUUGUCAUGGAAACCACCCCUUGACGACGGUGGUUCACCAGUCACUGGCUACACCAUUGAGAAGUGUGACCUGACGACCGGGCUGUGGCGUCGUGCGGGAACAUCACGCAACACUAACACUUCAGUGGAAUUUCUGGAGGAACAUCACCAAUUCCGCUUCCGCGUGAGAGCAGAGAACCUGUACGGAACCAGUGAACCUGGUGCUGAAUCUGGUGUGAUUGUCACACAACAACCUAAACCCGACAUUGACUAUGAUGAACUUGUUGACCGCAAAUACUGUGCUGGUCAAAACAUUGACACUGAACGUCUCCGUGGUGAUCUACUGAGUAAAUACAUAAUCUGCGAGGAGCUUGGACGUGGAGCAUUUGGUGUGGUACACCGAGCCAUUGAACGAGCAACAGGGAAGAACUGGGCGGCCAAAUUCAUCAAAUGUCGACCCAACGAAAAAGAAGCUGUUCGACGAGAAAUCGACCUGAUGAACAGCUUGCAUCACCCCAAACUGUUACAGCUGCACGAAGCCUUUGACCAGCCGGGUGAAAUGGUCAUGAUUCUGGAACUCUUGAGUGGUGGAGAACUGUUUGACAGACUGGUGGAGGCUGAUUAUGAUUUCACGGAAGACGACUGCAGGACGUACAUGAGACAAGUCUGCGAAGGCGUCAAACACAUGCACGGCAACAAUAUUCUGCAUCUUGACCUCAAGCCUGAGAAUGUGAUGGGUGUGACUCGAAACAGUAAAGAUGUGAAGAUCAUUGACUUUGGUCUGGCACAUCGUAUGGAGGAAGGGAAGACCAUCAAAGUACUGUUUGGCACAGCAGAGUUCUGUGCCCCUGAAAUCAUCCAGUUCCAGCCAGUCAGCUAUGGAUCAGAUAUGUGGUCCGUGGGCGUUCUGGCCUAUGUCCUGUUGUGUGGUUACUCACCAUUUGCUGGUGAAACUGACAGGGAAACCUUUGAGAACAUCACAGGCGUGGAUUUCUACUUUGAUGACGAGGUUUGGAUGCCGUGUCUGACGACGCCAAAGACUUCAUCAAUCAGCUACUCAUGUUCGACAAGAAUGACCGUAUGACCAUUGAAGAGGCAUUAGCUCACCCAUGGCUCAAUCCUCAGACCAAGAGACCUGAUGCUGACUACAAAAAGGAUGGAGUUCAGGACAAACCAGGAAAAUUGCAGACCAAGUAUCAUCAAGAU